AAUAUUUACGCAGUUUUAGUGAAAUAGAGAAAGAUAGCACAAGCGUUUGAUACAUGUUGAAGAAAUUAGAUUUAAAAUCUCUCAAGUUCAGGCGAUAGAAAAAAAAUUGGAUUUUUAAUCAGUUCACAAUUAAAAUCUCGCAAGUUCAGACUGUAAAAAAAACUGUUCUUUAAAAUGUUUCGGUUAAAAUUGUUCAUCUGUGUUCUUUUGGCGGGAAUUUUAAUCGCAGACGGUGAAAAUUCACAGACAUGUUUGAAACAAUACAGUCAUAAUGUAAGCCAUUUUGAAGUUUUGCCAGGUUUCGGUUGGGAUAAUUUGAGAAAUGUUGAAGUUUCUCGUGUUGUGGCGUUCAAUUAUUCCGCGUGUCAACUAACAUCAGACGGAAAAUAUCUUCUUCCGAAUGGAGUGAAUACCCUCCCCUUAAAACAAAGCAAAUUGGACCAGUAUUCGGAUAUAUUUCACAGUUACACAGAAUAUACGAGUAUGACCGCCGAGUCGAUCAACAAGGAUCCCGGGUUCCGAAUGCCCGGUGCUAAAAUCAGCGGCACCUUCUCCAAAAGUUUCCGCGCUUCCAAACAGAUGCAGGUUCGAGAAAAAUCCAAAGUGACCAGGGCUCAGAUGAAAUUCGUAAAGUAUAAAGUCAAACUUCAGCCCGAUACACAACUCAGCAAUGCUUUUACAAUAGCUAUAUUGAGCAUCGCGAGGCACGUGCUCUACGCGAGACAUGAGAUGGCCAGAUACGAGAGCGAGAUGUUAGUGCGAGAUUUCGGCACCCACGUGAUCAGCAGUGUCGAUACCGGCGCUGCUUUGGUUCAAGAAGAUCACCUGAAAUCCAGCUACGUCACUUCUGAUACAACUAAUUUAGAAGAUGUAUUGUUGGGAGCGUCAAUGAGCUUACGAGAGUCCACAGGGGUCGGAUUAAACUUCGUCAUGGCAGAUUCAAACAGUACAAAAAUCCUGGACAAUUAUAAAGAAAACAGGCUUCACUCUGUUAUAACGACAUAUGGUGGUCCUUUGUAUAUGUCUGCUAAUGCCAGUUAUAGCUGGACCUCUAACUUAGAGACCAACCUGGUCGCUGUAGACAGGGCUGGGGAACCCAUUUAUAACUUCGUCAACAUCCAAACGUUGCCGACCGUUCCUGCGACCAUUCUGUUCGACGUCACGACUUAUAUAAAGAACGCUGUAAGAGAUUAUUACGCCUAUAAUACGUACCGUGGUUGUACGAACGUUGACGAACAACAGUUUAACAGCGUAGCUAACCUUGAAGAUGGUACAUGCAAUGUUACGUUAGCUGACGUGUUUUUCGGGGGCAUUUACCAAACCUGCAAAGUCAGUUCAAGCGCUGCCGGGGAUUUGUGUUCGCAUCUUAGACAGAAUAACUUACAAACGAAAAAAGAAUCGUGUCCGCAAAACUUUGAAGCUACUAAAAUUCAUUCGUCGCAUUUUUCUAAGACAUCAUCCCAGAGAGUUUGCAAGAGUUGCUAUGCAUUCUUCAACUGCUGUAACGACGAGCCAACUCAAUCCAGCGCCGAUCUAGAAACAUUUAUCUGUACUACGAAGACACUGGGCAUAAGUGAAGUUAGAUUUGCUGGAUUCUAUUCUUCGGUGGUUGAUAAUAUCUUCACGAGCAGCAAAACUUGUCCUCAGCAGAUGACUCCCAGGCUCAUUGGAGAUGAUAUCAAUAUAUGUGUGGACCAUUCUGUUACCAGACAGCUGAAUACGACCAUCAAAUUCGGAGGCAUGUUCAGUUGUAAUGUAGGUAAUCCAUUGGCUUCUGAGAGUGAAGCAUCAGCGAAUCCCAUGUCCUGUCCAGCUGGAUUCAGUCAACAGUUAGCCGGGGUCAUCAAAGACUGUCCCCUAUACUACUGUAUUCCAUUGGGAGAUCUUCCAUCCACCACCACACAAACCGAGCUCCGACGUCCACCUUUCAAUGCUCGUCUAAAACUCUACCCUAGCGAGAGUGGCGAGGCGGUAGUGUACGAUCCCGAGAAGCAGAUCUGGUUGACGGAACUAGAAUCGCGGGAAUUGAAAGAAGAAGAAGCUGCAGUGAGUCUAACGACUGGCGAAGCGGCGGUGAUCGCCAUAUUCGUUACCUUAGCAUUUGUCAUCAUACUGGGUGUGGCCAUUUAUUUCUACCGUAGGAGCCAGCAUAAAUUUACACCGAAACGUGGAGGUAGUAGCAGCGUCAACACGAACGCAGGUCACGAAGACGCCGUAUAGGAUAUCGUAUUAAAUGGUAGUUACCAUGACAUCAAGGUUCUCCAUUAAACUUUAUUUUAUACAGAAAUGAACAUAAGGCUCAAAUACCUACAUAGGAACUGUUCCAUAAGUUGCCAUAUAAACUACUCUAUUAAAUGGCCGUGUUACCAUAUAAAAAUGUUGCUAUAGAAAUUACUCUAUUGAAUGGUCGUUUUACCAGUUAACAUAGAAACCACUCUACCAGAUGUCCGGUUGGCCAUAGAAACUACUUAUUACUAUUACUAGGUAAUCAUAGGAACUGUUCCCUUGAAUAUCUAUGUUGCCAUAGAAACUACUUUAUUAAAUGGCCGUGUUACCAUAUGAAAGUGUUGCUAUAGAAAUUACUAUAUUAAAUGGUCAAGUUACCAGUUAAAAUAGAAACCACCCUAUCAAAUGUCCGGUUGGCCAUAGAAACUACUAUGUUACAUGUCUGUGUUGUCAUAGAAACUAUUCUAUUAAAUGUCCGUAUUGCAAUAGCAACAUUCUAUAAAAUGGCCGUGUUGUCAUAGAGACUACUUUUUACUCAGUUUUCCCUUUAAAUAGUAUUUUAAUGACAAUACAUUAUUUAAUCAGACAAGCCCAAGGAGCAGGGUGGGGCUCAUGAAGCCCCAGGGGCCCCAUAAAUAUUUAUUUAAUUGUUUUACGUUGGCAUGGCCAGUAUGUACAGAAUCCUCUGGCGACAGUCUAGCCUUUCCCCGAGGACUCCGUCACAUACAAAUGUUUGUUCGUUCCGUUUUAUUUUAUCUUUGUAUGUUUCAUCAAUAUCUGACAUACUUCCUGUGACGUCGUCGUCGCUCAUCAAAUUGUCUGGGGUGGGGUGUUGAGGAGGGAGGGGGGGGGGCUAGUGUUCGCUCUCGAUGUUGAGCGGGGAUUUCCAGCAUGGUUUGGGUGGGUGGGUAGCAAAACCGAAAUCAUAUACUCCAUUUCAUUUCAUUUCUGUGCUACUUUACAAUUGUAGGGAAUUAUAUUUGGUUAUGAGCUGAUUUUAUAGAAUACGCUUGACUAAUACGCAGUUUUUAAAUUAGAAAAAAUUACAUCGGAAUUUGUUUCUGAAUUAUUGAUUAGUUUUUCUUUCCAUCUUUCACGUAUACAUGUAUUUAGAAAACAUAAAUAUAUUUAUUUUAAUUUUUUCUGUUAAUUUUGGAAUAAAAAUAUAAUACAUUU